GAGGGCCGCUUUGAAAUAUUAAUUAUUUUUUGGCACCGCUUAUGGCUCGACUUGGCGCAUGCCAAGCAUUAUUAAACGAGACACGAAAGAGCGUAUCUACGAAGUAGAUAAAUAUCUUUAUACGAACAACUGAGCUGCAGCACCACUAGCAAUCGAAUCGACGAAAAGCAACGCACAAACAAACAAACCCAUCUAUAUACUCUAUAGAGAGAGAUAAACAAAAGCUCAAGCAGCAGCAACAACGAAACAAUUUGGAAGAAACACUUUUGCACUAAAAGACCCAGCAAUCUGAAUCUGCAAAAAGGGAAACAUAUCCCUCACAUCGUAUUAAGAGGAGAACUCAACUCGACAGAGGAAGUAAGGAAAAGAAGGAACGGAAACCAACUAUUGUGAUAUGUACAAAUUUACUCAAAUACUGAAGCCGCAUAUAUAGACGUUAAUUCCACGGAAUCCCAGUUGUAAACCGAUUAACCGGAGGACAGUCCACCAAAGAUAAGGCUUUCAUCUUCAAUUAAGUUUACCCAAAUAGAGCAGAGGCAGUACUCGAAAGUACUCGCGAGAUGGCCGAGAAAGUCGAACAAGCCCAGGCCAGUCUGAAUGGCCAACAGAAUGAUCCCCGAAAGGUGCGCAAGUCACCUGAAUUUCAGCCCAUGAUGCCCGGCGUUAUCUCCCGGGAACGCAGCUUUGUGCGCACCUCGAAUCAACAGAAUAUCAACAAACGGCGAAGUCUGGCUUUCAAUGUACCUGGCAAUCAGACGGGACAGAUGAGGGGCAAACCCGCCAUGGAUAUAUACAGGCCGCCAAAUGUGCGCGGAGAGCUGGCCGCUCCAGUCGGUGGUGGUGAUGGUGAUGGUGGUGAUGGUGCAAGUGGUGCCAAUGGCAACAGGCUGAACGUCAAUGCCCAGGAGUUCACAAUGACCAGCAGCUCCGGGGCACCGGGCGAGGCACUCAGCAAUCGUUCGUCGCUGAUCUUUCCGCCCACCAAUGGAUCCGGAGUUGUUCCGGCUAUGGGUCAGUACGGAAACGUGAACCGCCGCCAGGCCGGACUCUCGCUCGGCAGCAUGCCGGGACUGAAGGCCAACCAGCAUCGCUCGAUCUUGGUGACGCAUCCAAUCAGUGCCAGUUCCCUCGGCGGUCAGCUGCCGCUCAUGAACUCGCCCUCCAGUGGCAAUAUACUGCAUACAACAAACCGUGUGAAGUUUGCUCCCGAGCCAAGAGGUCACAAAGUGGCCAACCAUAAUCAGUUUGGCCAGCUCAACAACAACAACUAUGGACAGCCCUACCAAGCAAAUCUGAAUGGAAUCGAUCCGUACAUGAAUGGAAAUUCGCUGCAACGCUCCAAAUCUUUGUCGUCGGCGGAUGCCCUAACUAGGGGCAUGGCCGGAUUGGGCCUGGGUUUGGGCAACGAGGUGGCCGACAUUGGACAGUUCACGCCAGAGAUCCAGGCGCUGAUUGAGACGGCUCUGGAGGAUCCGAACAAACUGAACUCGCGCUGCCUGAUGGAACUCACUUCGCAGUUCAUCAAGCGAGCGGUGGAGAGUCGCCGCUUCGCCCUGCCAAUCUCGCGGCUGUGUCUGAACAUCAUCGCCCGGGAACAGAAGGAGACGUUUCUGGAGGCACUCCUCAACACCUGCCGCCAGUGGUACCAGGAGCGCGAAAAGCUGCUAUUUGCCAUCCAGGGAAUGAAGUCGCCAUCCCGGGUGCGUUUCACCGCCUUCAUGGCCUUCCUCACGGAGAUGUUUUGCCAACUGAAACGCCGGCAGCUGCAACUGCGCACCCACCACGAGGGCACUCCUCCGCCAUUGGUCCUGCUUAGCCUGCUGUCCAAGUGCUGCGAGGACUGCGUGCGCCCACCCAUAAGAUCUCUCUCAGAGAUUGAGUGCCUGUUCUAUGUGCUUACCUGCAUUGGCCAGGACAUGGAGCAGCAGCUGCCACAGCAGCUGGAGUUGCUCAUGGGUCUCGUGCGCGAUGCCUUCCUCAAUGCCGGAGAAUCGGCGGCCUCCAUUCGGCGCACCCUUCUCCAGCUCAUCGAGCUCAAGGCCUCCCACUGGCAGCUGCCCGGCAACACGGUCCUCUACUACACCCACACUAACAAUUAGGCCCGGAAAACGGGCAAGUAACCCGAAGUGAGUUGGGCCAUGGAACCAAGACGGGAUUCGAGCACUGUGCAAUCAUCAAGACACCAUCAGAUUCUGUUGUCGCAUUGCAUUUAGGGCCUGGAUAACUUCUGUUCUAUAAUAUCUUAUCGUACUCUUACCUAGGCAUAAGCAAUAUUUAUUUCGCCGACAGCAGCAAUAGAGAGAAACUAACCCGAGACUUGCACAACAUACACACACCAAGCCCAGUACCAAAUGAGAUCGGGCGACUCGAUUCGGUAUCUUCGGACUCCGCUAUAAUCUAAGGCUCAACUUUUAUGUGAAUCCAUAUAUUUAUGUGUAAUAAAUCACAGCUAGUCAAA